UCAAAGAUCAUAAUCUCCGUGCGUCGGUCAACACCAAAGAGGCGUCAACGUCGUUGGAGGCAGUCAUGGGGUCUGAGUCGAAUAUAGACUACGACCUCGACGUCGAAGGAGACGUGAUACUAACUCUUCACAACCCCAAUGAGCCGUUCUUUGUCUGGCUCGAGAAAGAACCUUCGGAGGUCUCGCAAUAUUGGCAGUCGUUCCCUGACGCUGAGCUGGUUCGCAAAUUUGGACAGUUGGAUCCAAGCUGGUCAGACCUGCCAAGCGAAGCAGAGCCGCGGUUGGAAGAUGCACCGCUCCAUGUGCCAGUUGAUCCUUCAUUUGAAGAAGCAGCACUCGGGGAAGAAACGCCGUUCGAUACAUCCGACCAACUUGUACAAGACACCCCACAUGUUUCAGACCUGCCAGAAGCAACAAGGCCUAAACAGGCAGGUCUUGAAGACGAUGAUGGCAUCAACGAACACGCGCAUCAAGAGGAGAACACAUCACGAGUCGAUUCGUGGUACAAAAUAUCCGCCACAGACUGGGACGAGAAGGCAUUCAAACUUCUCAUGGAUAUAGUGCAUGGCAACAGCCACAAUGUUCCACGACAUGUUGAUUUGGAGCUGCUCGCGAAGAUCGCGGUGCUGGUCGACUACUACAAAUGCUACGACGUGGUGAAGUUCUAUUCCGAUACGUGGAUCGAGGGCCUGGGGGAGACGAUGAACGUCACCCAAUAUUCAAGAGACUUCGUCUUGGUCCUCUUUGUUUCGUGCGUCUUCAUCCAGGGCACAACAUUCCGCGAUUUGACAUACCAAGCCAUGAAACAGACCACGGAACCGUUUCGGUCCUUGGGGCUGCCAUUCCCAGAGAGGCUAAUCGAGGAAAUCGAGCGCGUCAGAAUACGUACCGUUGGCGCGUUCCUUGAUGGGUUGCACGACCUUCUUCGGUACCUCGCCGCCCGGGUCAGUUGCGGUAUCGCAUGCAACGCAAUCUUGGUCGGCACACUUUAUCGUGAAAUGUCCGCGAGAGCCAUCCUCAGCCCACAGCCAGCGCCUCCUUAUGAUGGGUUCAGUAUUGAUGGCAUCGUCCAGAUGGCGCGGGAUAUUGAAUCCCCGAAAGGUUAUCGGGCCAAAAGAAGUCUUUGCCAAUGCGGAAUUCAAACAUUUCUCAUUCCUCUCAUGGAAGAGGCCACGAGAGGUGUUCAAGGUCUUGAGUUGGAGAAUUACGUGACGAACCCUUGGGCUACUACAACUCGCUCCCGGCCUACUGCACGGUCAUCUGAGCUCUGAAUAGAUCAUUGUUGGUGAUAUUGGCACUUGUUGUACGGGACGAGACGUAUGUGGAGGCUACAUGGUCCCGGUUGAGGAUACUGGGAAAACCAGGUCCCUAUGCGGUGGAAUUGGGUGAGCGUCAUCCAUAGUAUGCGGAGGGAUUCAAGCAGUCUACCGCUACAACCCUUCCUACUCAUAUGCUGCAGCUGCAGCUGUCCUGAUCACUCACUAUGUGCCAGUCUUGCCGAGCAACGUUGGCGCGGGUACUCAAGCUCAUAAACAGCCACAUGCACGAGCUUUGCUCGGAUCUCUGCUACGUAGUCACCGUAUGGGUAUAUAACAGCUUGAUUGUUCCUCACUGCUGAGCUCACUACACGUAUAACCUCCUACCUAUGGGAUGACGGGCUGUAGUACAAUCACUUGAGGAAUAAAACCACAUCAGCUGGUGGACAGGAGCAUUUGACAGGGGCUCUGCUAUCAUUUCUUGUCAUUCUUGAAUGUGUGGGGGUAUCGCGAUAAUGACCUGAUAUCCUGGCGGCGUCUGGUUGUUGGGCAUUUCACGUGACUGAGAGGACACAGGAGACGAAUCCGGUCGAUCGGUGUCUCGGCUGUCAAGUGCAGUCAAACAAACAAUUGUGACGGGCAAUGAGAUGCUCGAAACAUGUUUGUAUUGAGAUCUGCGGGAAUCAGUGGCCGGGUGAAAGUAGCAGGACUCGAGGUGACAGGCCGGGAGGCAUACAUAAGCUUAAAUGUAUUAUUAGCAAAGGGAGACAAGGCGGCUCAGACUCUGCUUGGGCGGCAAAAGAAACAAGAUCAAGCAGAUGCCAAACGGGCUGGCAGUGGGCAGCGGGCAGCGGGAGAGAUGGCUGAUGGGCCGGC